GCUGCCGGUGCGGCCGCCAGUACGGGCCGACUGCCGCCGGCGAUAACACACAGUCGACAGUGAGACGGACGCCGGCAGGGCCAGUGCCAUUGGAACGUGUGAGGCGCGCUACUGGCAGUGAGCGGACAUAUCAGUCAUGGGGCAGGAAGAAAGCGAAAUAAAAGAGCCCUUGCUGAACGGACUCGGCAUCAUGCCCGGCAUGAGCAUCCAGUCGGACCAGCUGCGAGGGGAGGCCAUGGAGGGCAGCGACACGUUCCUCUUCACCUCCGAGUCGGUCGGCGAGGGGCACCCAGACAAGAUUUGCGACCAAGUAAGCGACGCCAUCUUGGACGCCCACCUGCGGGAGGACCCGGACGCCAAGGUGGCCUGUGAGACGGCCACCAAGACGGGCAUGAUCCUGGUGCUGGGAGAGAUCACCUCGAGGGCCACCAUCGACUACCAGCAGGUGGUGCGCGACACCAUCAAGGGCAUCGGGUACGACGACAGCAGAAAAGGUUUCGACCAUAAAACCCUGAACCUGAUGAUCGCCAUCGAGCAGCAGAAUCCGGAAAUUGCGGCUGGCGUGCACCACAACCGUCUGGAGGAGGAGGUGGGCGCCGGGGACCAGGGCCUGAUGUUCGGCUAUGCCACGGACGAGACUGAGGAGUGCAUGCCGCUGACCGUGGUGCUGGCGCACAACCUCAACCGCAAAAUCGCCGAAAUGAGGAAGGAGGGAUCACUGUGGUGGGCCCGGCCCGACUCCAAGACACAGGUGACCAUUGAGUACGCCAACAAGGGCGGCGCCAUGAUCCCGCUGCGGGUGCACAGCGUGGUCGUGUCCAUCCAGCACGCGCCCGAGAUCUCUCUGGAGGACCUGCGCCGAGAGGUGAUGCAGAAGGUGAUACCCGAGGUGAUCCCGUCCAAGUACCUGACCGGUAACACCAUCUACCACGUGAACCCGUGCGGCGAGUUUGUCAUCGGCGGCCCGCAGGGCGACGCCGGCCUCACCGGACGCAAGAUCAUCGUCGACACGUACGGCGGCUGGGGCGCGCACGGCGGCGGCGCCUUCAGUGGUAAGGACUACACCAAGGUGGAUCGCUCGGCCGCGUACGCUGCGCGCUGGGUAGCCAAGUCGCUCGUCAAGGCUGGACUCUGCAAACGGUGCCUCGUCCAGUCCUCGUACGCGAUCGGCGUGGCGGAGCCCAUUUCGAUCACGGUGUUCCACUACGGUACGAGCAAGUACACGCAGCGCGAACUGCUCGAGAUCGUGCUGAAGAACUUCGACCUCCGGCCAGGCAAAAUCGUGAAGGAGUUGAACCUGCGCCAGCCCAUCUACCAGCAGACGGCCAGCUACGGCCACUUCGGCCGCGACUGCUUCACUUGGGAGCAGCCCAAGAAGCUGGAGCUGUAGCGGGCAGCGCCGCCACUCAGGACACGCCAACAUUGCCGCCGGCUGUCCAGGCGAUAGCUCGUGUGACCGCUCCGCUGGCAGAAACGGGGUAGGAGAAGGGGAGAGAUGAGCGAGGUGAAGAACGAGCGAGCUAGCAAGAGAGAGAGAGAGAGAGAGAGAGAGAGAGAGAGAGAGAGGAGAGAGAGAGAGAGAGAGAGAGAGAGAGAGAGAGAGAGAGAGAGAGAGAGAGAGAGAGAGAGAGAGAGAGAGAGAGAGAGAGAGAGAGAGAGAGAGAGAGAGAGAGAGAGAGAGAGAGCGUGGCCGGGAGCGUGCGCCGGUGCCUGAUACACUGUGGUCCGUUUCCGUGUACUGUGUGCGCGCGGCGACCCGGUGACGUCCAUUGUGGCCUUCACUCCGUGACCAGCCAGCGCCGAGGGUGGCCGCUGGCCUGUGGCAGGCUCUGUGGGCCGGCGAGUGUAAUGGGCCACUGGUCUGUGGCCGGCACUGUGGGCCGCUGGUCUGUGGCUGGCACUGUGGGCCGGCGAGUGUGGUGGGCCGCUGAUCUGUGGCUGGCACUGUGGGCCGCUGGUCUGUGGCUGACACUGUGGGCCGCUGGUCUGUGGCCGUCGCGCGGUCGACCGGUGGCCCGUUCAAUGCUCCCUGACCACUCAGUGCCGCCCUGCGGAGGUGCAAUACUUUUAGGUAUGUCGCCGAGUAUGACAGAUGGCUCUGUCGUGUCUUAUAUGGUCACAUUAUUUGGGACGGCCGGAACACUUUUGUUCUACAUAUUGUGUAUUUUGGCCAAUAAAAUGUAAACUCGU